AUGUCGCCGGCGCGCCGCGCUUACAACAAGCGCCGGUCGAGCGAGAUCGCUGUAGCGGACGCCCUAAUCUCCCUUCCAACAGGCGUUCUCGACGACAUACUCGCCCGCGCCGGCCUCCGCGACGCCGUCCGCACGUCGGCGCUUUCCCGAGCCUGGCGACGCCGAUGGGAGGCCCUCCCAUCCAUCGACCUCCUCUUCCUCGACGACGGCAAUAAGGGCCUGCGUGCCGUCGACGGCAUCCUUCUUCGCUACCCCGGCCGAAUCCGGCGCUUCGACGCCUACCUCGACCAUGACCUCCAGAACCUCUACUCGAGCCGCGUCACCGACUGGAUCAUCGCCCUCUACCGCCGGGGCCUCGAGGCCUUCAACCUCAUCUCCGUCGACGGCUACAUCGACCUCCCCUCCGCCGUCUUCUCCCGCGGCAGCCUCACCAUGCUCCGUCUAUGCGGCUGCGCCAUCCCGUUCCUGCCCGCGGGCUUCGAGGGUUUCCCCAAGCUUAAGAACCUUGCUUUCCUGAACGUCCGGUUUCAGGUGGACGGGGAGUACCAGCUGGAGGAAAUCAUCGCGACAUCGCCGUCGCUGGAGGAACUGACACUCUGGGAUGUCGAAAUUGCGGGCGACUUCAAAGAGUGGGCCAUUCAGGCGCCCAAUCUCCGGCACCUAUCCAUUCGAACACCUGAUGAUUUAGGCUGGAACCCUGGGGAGCUUCCGUCCCUGCGUUCUGCCGAAAUUGAGAUCUGUGAUUUAUUCGGGGACCGAGACUUUGGCAAAUUCCUCACCAGAUUUGCAAAUAUCACCGAGCUUACGAUAUAUACUCACCAUCCACUGUCAAAUGGGGCUAAUAUACUAGAGACACUUCCAUGCACUUUUGGAAAAUUGAAGAGUUUAAAAUUGUAUACACAAUUCUGUGAACUUUCCUCCAUUUUGUUAACCUUUUGCUUAUUGAGGAGUUCUCCGAACCUUGAAAGACUCAGGAGAGUGAUUGAUGAUGGUGCGGAUCAGAAGUAUGAGGCAAACGGAGAGUUUCAAAACGCACAGUGGACUGAUGGCAUGUGUGCCAACCUUCAGUUUGUGCAGAUAACCGGUAUCCAUUGGCUUUCAAAUGAAUUGACUUUUAUAGAGCUUAUUCUCUCCAAUGCAAGGCUUCUUCGCACUUUAUCUGUUAGUCAUGGUGAGAAAUGCUCAAUGUCUAAUGGGGAUGCAGUGAACAAGCUACUGAAGUACACAAGAGCUUCAAGUCGUGCAGAGGUUAUAUAUGAAGGCAAAGCAAAGAAAGACUAGGUUGCCUGCAUUGGCGUAGAUGUGUAAAGUCGGAUCACUGGAAUGAACGAUACUCCAGAGUCGGAUUAAAUCUGUUCAAGAUCAUAUAGUCCUUCCCAAGGGACUAAGCAUAAU